AUGGCGGAAACCUCGCAUGUGAACGGUUUUCACGCCGGUGACCCCGUUGCUGAAGUUUCUACAGAUUACCUGAUUGUUGGCACCGGUCCUGCUGGUGCCUCAUUGGCGUGCUUUCUGGCGCAACAUGGGCUGACUGGGUUGAUCGUGAGUCAGGACCCUGGCAAUGCAGAUACACCACGAGCUCAUAUUACCAACAUGGCUGCCUUAGACUGUUUACGUGACAUUGGUGUCGACAAAGACUGCUAUAAAAUAGGAACACAGGGAAAUACUAUGGGCGAUUACGAGCUUGCCAGUCCAUCUGAGCCACUGGACCUUCCACAGACACUUCUUGAACCCUUGUUGAUUCGCCAUGCCACAUUGAAUGGGUUCAAGUGUCGAUGGGAUACCAAGUUCAUUUCAUUCAAGCAAGACCCCAGUGACGAGGGAGUCACAACUACUUUAUACGACAAGGUGACCGGUCAGACAUACCGUGUUCGGUCCAAGCACCUCUUUGCAUGCGACGGAGCCCGGAGUCCGAUUAUGCAGCAGCUUGAUGUCCCGAUGAUUAAACGCCCUGGUCAGGGAUUUGCUAUCAAUAUCCUAAUUGAAGCCGAUAUGACUCAUCUUAUGAAGAGCCGCAUGGGAAACCUACAUUGGGUGCUAACGCCUGAUAAGGAGCAUCCCGAUUAUGCAUGGAUUGGGUGUCUACGAAUGGUUAAACCCUGGCACGAGUGGUUAUGUAUCAUCUUUCCAUCACCUGAAGCUGAAAGGAAGGCGCGGCACGAAUCAGAAUAUAUUAAGCGAGUUCGCGAAUUUAUUGGCGAUGACUCCGUUGAGGUGAAGAUCAAGGGCAUCUCUACGUGGAUGAUUAAUGAGACUGCCGCAGGGGAAUACUCCAGAGGCAAUGUCUAUGGGUUAGGUGAUGCUGUACAUCGACACCCUCCAAAUCAUGGUCUCGGUUCCAACACCUGCAUUCAAGACGCGCACAACCUAGCUUGGAAAGUGGCCUAUGUCGACAAAGGUCUCGCUGGAAAGGAGCUGUUGGGAACUUACAAUGCUGAACGUCAACCUGUCGGGCUGGAUGUAGUCACACAGGCAAAUGCAUCACUCCGUAACCAUAAGAGGAUAUGGGAAAUCCUAGGAAACCUCGAGCCCACCGUUGCCGCCCGCAUAGCGAAAUUCGACCUUUUAAAGGAAGAUUCAGACCGAGGACAAAAGAGUCGCCAGGAAUUAGCAGAAGCAUUGAGGCUCAUCAAUCGGGAAGAACACGGUCUUGGAAUCGAAAUGAACCAACGCUACACUUCAUCGGCCGUUCUCAAGUCGGAUCAAGGAGCCAUGCCCACGUUUACGACAGACUCGCUAGAACAUUACCAUCCAACCACUUACCCUGGCGCGAGACUGCCACAUGUAUGGCUAACUCGUACUAUCCCUGACCAGAAGCACAUUUCUACUAUUGACCUAGCGGGAAAAGGACAAUUUGCGUUAUUCACUGGUAUCGGUGGGCAAGGCUGGAGAGAUGCCGCACAACAAGCCUCGGCUGAAUUCGGUGUGCCUAUUGCGGUGUAUUCAAUUGGGUUUAGACAAGAGUGGGAGGAUCAGUAUCUUGAUUGGGCUAAAGUCCGGGAUGUUGCUGAAUCGGGAUGUGUUCUUGUAAGACCAGAUUAUUUUGUGGCAUGGCGGAGUCAGCGGUGGGAGGGAGACAGUACGGAAAGACUGAGGGCGGUUGUGAGAACAGUCCUGUCUCGUUAA